AUGGACGGCAGACCCCGUCAGGUCUCGACUUCGAGCCAUACGCCCAUGAGCUCCGACGGAUCGGAGCCUACGGCGGUGCUCGGCGCCCCGAUGUCGCGCAACGAGCUUGAACGCAGUCGUACACAGCUAAACCAGAGUGGAAUGAUGUCGCCAGGUACGGCAUUUGAAAACCUCGACACCAUCAAAGGACCGGCACCGCACACGUUCAGUAACAACAAUAUCCCGGUGAAGCCCAAGGUGGCGCUCUUCGACGGCGACUCGCAGCUGUCAACCGAGGGAUUCCGCCAACGCGCAGCACUGCAGACGUGCUCCAUCAGUUGGCAGCACAUUUCGUAUUUCAUUCAACCGAAGGAAAAGGCACUCGGACGCCUCCGUAACAACAGCAAGCGCGGUUCGGGUCCGUCCGGGCUAGAGGCGCAGUUCGAGCGUCAGCAACCACGCAAUAUCCUCAACAAUAUAUGGGGCCGAUCAGGGCCGGGCGAGCUGACGGCCAUUUUGGGUCCGUCCGGUGCCGGUAAGACCACACUUCUUGAUAUGCUCGCGGACCGAGUGCCGUCGGGAGGCUCGGGUGCGCAUCUGGAAGGACUUGUAGAGGUUAACGGUCAACCACGCGACCUCCGCACUUUCCAUUCUAUUAUGAACUACGUGUCUGAAGACAUGGCGUUCUUGGGAGCUUUCACGGUGCUCGAAACGUUGCAGAUCGGAGCUGGUCUGAGUCUACCCGGUCACAUGCCCCCCGUGCAGCGUGAGGCCCGUGUUCAAGAUGUUAUCGAUGCCAUGGGCUUGCGGUCAUGUUCGAACGCUCGUGUAGGCGACGUUUUCCACAAAGGCAUCUCCUCUGGCCAGCGUAAACGUCUCGGCAUCGCACUGGAACUUCUGUCCGAUCCUGCUCUUCUGCUCCUGGAUGAACCGACGUCGGGCUUGGACUCGUCCUCCGCUCGCGGUGUCAUGCAGUACAUCGAGCGGUUGUGCCAGGAAGGUGGAAAGAACGUCGUGUGUACGAUCCACCAGCCUUCUUCGUCCAUCUACGGCAUGCUUACGAACCUCAUUAUCCUUAGUGGUGGUGAGUUAGUGUACAGCGGUCCUACAAACGCUGCUAUCGCCCACUUUUUCUCCAUGGGUUACGUAUGCCCCAUGUACACCAACCCGGCGGAAUACUUCGUUCACCUGGUCAACACAAACUUCCACGACGGCUUGAAACUCGAGCCCUUUAUCCGUGCACUCAAGGAAGGUGCCGAGCCGCAGCGUCUUCGUGCCGAUGUUGUCAGAGAUCGUUCCCGUCGCGAUCAUCUGGCCAAUCCGGAACUCUUGAAGGCUAUGCGACCGUGGCCGAUGGACCAGUUCUUCGUGCUGGUGAAGCGUAAUAUGACGAACAACUGGCGGCACCCGGGUGUCUUCUGGCUGCGUGUGCUCAUGUACGUGCUGCUGUCGCUCAUGGUGGGUACAAUGUACCUGAGCUCCAAUGACGGCAUCAAGGCCAUCUCGAUGGUGUCGCUGCUCUUCUACGUGCAAGCUUUCCUCGUCUUCAUGUCCGUCGCCGCUCUGCCAGCUUUGCUGGAGCACCGUGCAGUCAUGGAGCGGGAGAUGCGAGCGUACGCGCUGUCCUUGACCGGCUACACGAUGUCUAACCUGCUGGCUGCGUUGCCGGGUAUCCUGCUCAUCUCCGUGUUGGCGUCGACGAUCGUGGUCUUCCUGGCUCACGUGCGCUCUUUCCCGACGUUCUUACUCAAUCUGACGCUGUCGCUCAUCGCCUCCGAGUCGCUCAUGCACUUGCUCGGAGCUGCCGUGCCUCACUACAUUAUGGGCAUUGCCUUGGGCGCCGGUCUCUUCGGUAUGUUUAUGCUCUGCGAAGGCUUCAUGGUGCCAUUCGAAGACAUGCCCGUGUAUUGGAGAUGGGGCUACUACAUCGCCUUCCACACGUACUCGUUCGAGUCCUUCAUGUACGAGCACUUCUCCAAAGUCAACACGAAGGAGGCGUGGGAGAUACUCCGAGGUUACGGCAUGGAAAAGGUCAACGUCUGGCAGGACAUGAUCAUCCUGGCCUGCUACUCGGUCGUACUGCAGCUGCUCGUCAUCGGAGCGCUAUUUCUUCGUUUCAACCGGCACCGUCGCCGCUAA